UUUUUCUUGCUUUCCCCAGCAGCACCAAAUUUCCGCCGAACCAGAAAAGCAUCGUCUCGUCUCGUCUCGUCUCGCGGAGGAAUCAGCAGCCAUGGGCGGCGGCAACGCGCAGAAGUCCAAGAUGGCGAGGGAGAAGAACCUCGAGAAGCUCAAGGGAGGCAAGGGGAGCCAGCUCGAGGCCAACAAGAAGGCCAUGAACAUCCAGUGCAAGAUAUGCAUGCAGACUUUCAUCUGCACCACCUCUGAAGCAAAGUGCAAGGAACACGCCGAGGCGAAGCAUCCGAAGAGUGAACUCACCCAGUGCUUCCCCCACCUCAAGCAGUGACAUCUGCCAGAUCGGAGGGAGCGAGAGACAUAAAUGAGAGUCGUAAUCCACCUAGUAUUAUCAUGUUCCGCAAUGUCUGGUUGUUGACCUAAGUUUGGGUCUGGACUUCGGUAUGCUGCAGUCCCAGCUGCUUUGGUUGUGUGCCCAUCUAAUAUGUGAUUGUUCACUAUCAGCAUGUUGUGCUACAAUAUAUUAAUUCUGUGUGGAUCUGUUAGACUGUUA